ACCUCACUAGGGGAGGUAACGCCUAUACACUUCCGCUGAUGAGAACGCAUGGCAGACGUAAACAAGUGCGAAAUGACUGAUUUCUCAGGGAUCUAAAGAAGGAAGCAAGGACACUAAGCAACUAUGCCAAAAUCAAGAAAAAGGAAGAAUGCUGAUUCCCAGAAGGUUAAAUUAAAAGUUGGACGACCGUUGCCUAAAGGAGGAAAUGAAACUAAUAUUAGUUUCAAGUCACGGACUAUCCGUAUUACCCAACACAUAAAGGACACUUCUAAUUUAGCAGAACCACACACAAAGCACAAGCAAGUACUGCAGGAUCUGCUACCUCAGUGUGAACACUACAAUGCUCGUGUUCGGCUGGCAGGUGUGCAGGGCAUCACUGAACUGAUGACAGCAAACCCUGACAGUAUCUUAAAGGAUGUUGGACGAGUGAUCAACAAAGUUCUCUAUCUUUUAAGUGACAGAGAUCCUUUAAUUCGGCAGGCUGUGUUGAAACUUUUCAAGAUGAUUUUAGGUCAUAUAGAUGCUAAAGCAAUUAGUUCAUCAUUCAAAAUACUAAGUGCUCAUCUUUGUUGUGCAAUGACACAUAUUUGUGAUGAUGUACAGAAAGAUUCACUGGACUUUUUUGAUUUGCUUCUUGAUAACUUUCCUACCCAUGUUAUCAGUGAUGUCAGUCAGCUAAUGACGAUAUUCUUGGAGCAGAUAUCCACCCAAGUAUCCAAAGGCAAGAAUGUUGAUGUUAAAGCACGAAUGCUUGUUGUAAACCCAAAUAGUAAACUGUCUUCACAGAAAUGGCGUGCUAAAGUAUUGGAAAGGUUGAAAAAACUUCUGGAUGCAUUUUUGACAAGAGACACGUGUAAAGAUGAUACAGAAUCAAAUGAAGUGACAUCACUGCAUGUGACACAUUGGCCUAGCAGGAGAGGACCACUUGUUCCCAGAUGGGUUAGGGAAAGGUGGUCCCAGUCACCCCUUUCUUUUCAAAAUCUUCUUUGCCCAGAUUCAGAGAAAAAUGAGUAUUCAAACCUACUCAGUUCAAAGGAAAAACUCCAAAAGUUUACUGAAAGCUUGAUGCCGCUACUAAAGCAGUGCUGGGCUGAAGACUGUCCCCUGUCUGAUGCUCUUACUGCAGAUGUUUCAAAAGGUGUUCAGGUAACAGAACAAGCAGUACCUAUGCUUGCAAAUGUGGUGGGUGUUCUUCAUUCAUUAGCAGAGUGUUGGAAUAAUUUGAACAAAACACAGCAAAGCUGCUUCGACGCACAUUUUCAAGGUACCUUCCUAAAAGAACUGAGGCAAUUACUUAUGUCUAGCUUUCCUCUGGAUGUCACAGAAACAGUUAAGAGGAAGAAGGAUGGACAGAUUGUUAGGUCAUCUUCAGGACUGCAGGCAUCGGUGCUGAAACUAAAUCUGACUGUGUGUGCUAUCAUGGCAUGGUUUCCAGUCAAAGCUGAGAAAAUCACAAAUACUAAGGAAAAGCUUUGGCAAGAAGAUGUCAUUUCCUAUAUGGUUAAUCAUGCUGAGAAAUGCACAGGCCCAGAACUCAGCCGUAUGCUGACAUCUGUACUGAAAAGGGUUUUUUUCAACUUUCCAACAUCUGUUAACCAGGACAAGCUACUUAAAAAGACCUUCGCUCAGUACAAAAAGGCUCCUCCACAGUCUGUUGGGAAAAAGUGUUACCUGUUGUUGUUUGAGUCUCUUGCACUUGAUGAACACAGUCCAUUUUUUUCCAGGCUAGAACUGUUUGACAGAUUCUUCAGCUCAUUACCUGAUCUGCUUCUACAACUACCAAAGGAGAGCUCAGAUGUUGCAAUGCUUGUCAUCAGGAUUAUGAAUCGAUGCGGUCAACAGAACUGCCAGCCUCUCAUCACCACUCUAAGAAAGAAUUUGAACAAGUUGUUUGAUCAAGACAGGGGUAUUCUUGCAGUGGGAAGCAGAGACAUCCAUAAGCCUUUUGUGGAAAUUCUUAACUGGAUAUUCAGGUUGAAUCCUCCAAGUGAGGAGGAGUUGAAGUUGUUUGCUCAAAACUGUCGUCUACCAGUUGUGGACAUAGAAGUUGCUAAGUACCUCAUCUCUGUUCUUGACAAUGGAUUCAAAACAUUUCAACAUGAAGAAGCUGUUGCUUUGAAGCCACACCAGCCAAAGAUGAUGACAUUUUUGUUGGGAUUAAUUGUUGGUCAAACAAAGGAAGAAACAGAACAGUUUCAAAGAGAUCACCAGAACCAUGCAUCCCAUUUGAUUCAUAUAGUUUGGCAGUGUCCGUUAAGUGAUUUCCUACGACACAGACAGCUUGUAGAGUGGUGCAAAGUGGCAUUCCGAGGCUACCUUUCUCCCCUGUUGCUCUUCAGUGUUAUGGCUCACAUAUGGUGCACAAAAGUCAUACAGUGUUAUCACAGCAUGAAUGUCUGCAUGCUGUAUGGCAUCCUUCAACACUGGAUAGAAAUGCUGCAGAACUUGCCCACCCAUGGCAAUAUGAUUCACACAGACUCUUAUCUCUCUGUUGAUUACAAAGAGAAUGACAGCAUACAGCUGGCAGUUGAAGCAGUGACCACACUGACAAAAUAUUUGCCAGAUAUAGCACGACUGUGCCUGUCCGUUGUCUAUGAUUUGGUUGCCAUGGAAACAUCUGAAAGGACACUGUCUGAUGGUGUUGACACCCAGAUCCACAGCAUGCUUCUGGACCAAGCAGUGAAGCUAGCUGCAUAUUCUUUGAGAAUAAUUGUUCAGAUGUGUGUGUUGAUGACAGACCUCAUUAAGAUUGACAAGGGACAAAAGGAAAUUUUUACUGUUGUGAUGGUGGCCACACGUUUGCUUCAGUCAUCAGACCUUGCACAGACUUGGGCAAAAGAUCAGGGCGAAGCACUUGCACAGCUGAUGAAUUUAAGGGACUCAAUUUUGGAAGUAUUGCCUGAGGUAACAGACCACCAGCUAUGGCAUGACUUCCUCUAUGCAGUCAAAAUACAUAAUCAGCAUCUUGAGUCAUCAACUCAUAGAGGUUGAAAUGUAUAUCAAAUAACGAAUACUUAUUUUUGUUUUCAUGGAAGCACCAACAACAGUUACGAUUUUCAGCAGAAUGACAUGAGACCUUAUGGAAACACUUCUUUCCAUCCUUUUUAUAAUAGUACCAUCAGAUGGUACGGAAAUAUAAUCAGUCUAAAACAAAAUGUCUACAAUAAAAAUGCAUUAACUUCGUUAGUUGCCAAAUGUCUGAAUUUUGUCUAAAUUUUGAAAUUGUUGCUUGAUUUUUGUUUGCUGCAUCAUUUUAGUUUGUGUUAAAAUUGUCUAAAUCUGUUUCUGUAAUAAACUUAUUGAGUAAAAAGUCA